CAUCCCCCUUCACCCUUCUGCAUUUAUUGACAUAUAAUGAAUUUAGUAGAAGGCAGUCGCAGCUGGUUUCACUAGCUCAUGCACGAUUGGGGCAUAAUUUUUGUCUCCCCUUUACACUUGUCAUACGUAAAAGCAUUUCACAAUGUGCAUUUUCUGUCUCGGCAGCAGUGUGGAUGCUGAUUAUAGAAGAGGGCUUAUAACACAAUGCUGGGUGUCUUAAGAAGCAAUAAGAAACAUAAAGAGUCAAAAUCCACUUCUAGAUAAUCAGUUUUUUUUCUACGAAAGGAUUUCUUUGGAUGCUUCACAAUGAUUAGCAAUGGGAAAUGCCAUGUUUGGCUGCUCUUCUAUUUAAAUCUUUUCCAAGAAUGUCAUGGAAUAUCUGGACCAUCGUUUAUUGCAAAAAAUGAAGAUCGAUUAUUUAAAUAUUUAUUUCAAGAUCAAGACUACCAAAAGUGGGUUCGCCCUGUUGAACAGUUAAAUGAUACAGUGAAAGUGAAGUUUGGCCUCGCAAUUACGCAACUUGUGGAUGUAGAUGAGAAAAAUCAACUAAUGACUACAAAUGUCUGGUUAAAGCAGGAAUGGGUUGAUGUCAAGUUAAGAUGGGCCCCUAAAGAAUUUGCUGGUAUAACAUCAAUUCGUGUCCCAUCUGACUCUAUAUGGAUUCCUGAUAUUGUUCUUUAUGACAAUGCCGAUGGCCGCUUUGAAGGCUCUGUUACGAAGGCUGUGGUGAGAUACGACGGAACUAUUAACUGGACUCCACCAGCAAAUUACAAAAGUUCAUGUACCAUUGAUGUAACUUUUUUUCCUUUUGAUCUUCAGAAUUGUUCCAUGAAGUUUGGUUCUUGGACUUACGAUGGAUCCCAAGUUGAUAUUAUUAUUGAAGACUUUGAUGUCGACAAGCGUGAUUUCUUUGAUAAUGGAGAAUGGGAAAUAGUAACUGCUACUGGAAACAAAGGAAACCGAUCAGAUGGAUGUUGCUGGUAUCCAUCUAUUACCUACUCAUUCAUCAUAAAGCGGUUGCCUCUUUUUUAUACACUUUUUCUGAUUAUACCUUGCAUAGGACUUUCGUUCUUAACAGUGCUUGUUUUUUACCUCCCUUCUAACGAAGGUGAAAAGAUUUCUUUAUGUACGUCUGUCCUUGUAUCUUUAACAGUUUUUCUCCUUGUGAUUGAAGAAAUAAUACCAUCCUCAUCCAAGGUCAUUCCUUUGAUUGGAGAAUAUUUGGUUUUUACCAUGAUUUUUGUUACUCUAUCGAUUGUUAUAACAGUUUUUGCCAUAAAUAUUCACAACCGUUCUUCUUCAACGCACAAUGCUAUGGCACCUUGGGUGCGCAAAUUUUUUCUUCACAAACUUCCAAAAUUGUUAUGUAUGAGAAGCCAUGUUGAUCGAUAUUUUACAAGAAACGAAGCAACUGGAAUCACUAAUGGACCUGAAUCAUCCAGAAAUACCUUAGAGGCAGCUUUAGAUUCAAUACGCUAUAUAACAAGGCAUGUAGUAAAGGAACAUGAGGUUCGAGAGGUUGUAGAAGACUGGAAAUUUGUGGCUCGAGUACUAGAUCGGAUGUUUUUAUGGACAUUUCUUCUGGUUUCAGUAGUUGGUUCAGUUUUUCUUUUCAUUCCUGUCAUACACAAGUGGGCUAACAUCAUUGUGCCUAUACAUGUUGGAAAUAUGUAUGGAGACAGAACUACAUAAGAAGGAAUAUUUUAUAUAUAUAUUAUACAACCGAACAUGAAUGUAAAAUGCAUAUAAAUUAUAUCUGGUGCUUUAUCUAAUAUUUUAAAUCUGAUGCUUUUACAGAAAUAUGAUUUUUAAUUAAACAGCUUAAAUUAUUAUGCCCCAAUGGUAUGAAAAUUAGUUUUUUUUUGUGUUUUGGGGUUUUUUUGUUGCUCAGUUCAUUCUCUGAAGCUCUAAGUGUCCGUUUAGUCUUAAAUUUAGGUUUGGCUGAAUUUUGCUUAAUUGCAUUAUUGAGGUGGAAAGCAUGUAGCUUAAAAUUAUAUGUAUGAAUACCAUAAAAUGAAAGAACCCAUGUUUUCUCCAUGUGUGUUUUGAUCCAUGUUUCUGUUUUUUUUGUUUUGUUUUUUUGCUAUGAGCAUGUUGGAAAUCAGAUAUUUGUACUAUGGACGCUAACCAGAUUUCCAAUUCAACGGUAGCAAGUUAUGAGCUACAGGACACCAUUAAAAUCUUUUUUGUUUUCUACUUGAUGCUGUUUUUGCAUUGGGUAAAGUAGCCAUGUUAUCAUCAUGCUAUAAAGCCUCUUAUUUUAUCACCUUUGCUAGGAUUUCAAUAAAAAUUGAGAACAAACGUUCAGAUACAGA